GCAACCCUAUGACGCAGCACAGCGAGGGUUGUUUCCUCACUCACAAGUCUUUGUGGAAGUUGGAACUGUGGUCUUUUUCCCACUGGCUUGAGGAAGAGCCCACUUGUAGUCAUGGUCAGAACUGAUAUACGGAAUCUGAUUUUCAAGAAAACUCUCAGUUUUUCUGUUGGCAAAUGAUUGUUCUGUUGGAGAUUCUAGCUGGAAAAAUGAUUCCUCGGUCUCAGUCAGUUUUGACGGGUGGCCCGCGGGCUGCUGCGCCCUCCGCCGCGCGCCGGGACGGCCUGCGCCUCGCCGCCCGACGCUGACCAUGACCAUGACCCUCCACACCAAAGCCUCGGGCAUGGCCCUGCUGCACCAGAUCCAGGCGAGCGAGCUGGAGCCCCUCGGCCGCCCGCAGCUCAAGAUGCCGCUGGAGGAGCCGCAGGGCGAGGUGUUCCUGGACGGCGGCGGCAAGCCCGCGGUCUUCAACUACCCCGAGGGCGCCGCCUACGAGUUCAACGCCGCGGCCGCCGCCUCCGCGCCGGUGUACGGCCAGCCCGGCCUGGCCUACGGCCCCGGGUCCGAGGCGGCCGCGGCGUUCGGCCCCGGCGGCCUGGGGGGCUUCCCGCAGCUCAGCAGCGUGUCCCCGAGCCCGCUGAUGCUGCUGCACCCGCCGCCGCAGCUCUCGCCCUUCCUGCACCCGCACGGCCAGCAGGUGCCCUUUUACCUGGAGAACGAGCCGGGCGGCUACGCAGCGCGCGAGCCCGGCGCCCCCGCCUUCUACAGGCCAAAUUCAGGUAAUCGACGCCAGAGCGGCCGAGAGAGAUUGGCCAGUAGCAGUGACAAGGGAAGCAUGACCCUGGAAUCUGCCAAGGAGACCCGCUACUGCGCAGUGUGCAAUGACUACGCCUCUGGCUACCAUUACGGGGUCUGGUCCUGCGAGGGCUGCAAGGCCUUCUUCAAGAGAAGUAUUCAAGGGCAUAAUGACUACAUAUGUCCAGCUACCAACCAGUGCACGAUUGAUAAAAACAGGAGGAAGAGCUGCCAGGCCUGCCGGCUCCGCAAGUGCUACGAUGUGGGGAUGAUAAAAGGUGGGAUACGGAAAGACCGAAGAGGAGGGAGAAUGUUGAAAUACAAGCGACAGAGAGAUGAUGAGGAGAGGAGGAAUGAGAUGGGGCCUUCUGGAGACAUGAGAGCUUCUAACCUUUGGCCAAGCCCUCUUGUAAUUAAGCACACCAAGAAGAACAGCCCAGCCUUGUCCUUGACAGCUGAUCAGAUGGUCAGUGCCUUGAUGGAGGCUGAGCCCCCCUUACUCUAUUCUGAGUAUGAUCCCACCAAACCCUUCAGUGAAGCUUCCAUGAUGGGCUUAUUGACCAACCUGGCAGACAGGGAGCUGGUUCACAUGAUCAACUGGGCAAAGAGGGUACCAGGCUUUGGGGAUUUGACCCUCCACGAUCAGGUCCAUCUUCUGGAAUGUGCCUGGCUAGAGAUCCUGAUGAUUGGUCUGGUCUGGCGCUCCAUGGAGCACCCUGGGAAGCUCCUGUUUGCUCCUAACUUGAUCUUGGACAGGAAUCAAGGUAAAUGUGUAGAGGGUAUGGUGGAGAUCUUUGACAUGUUGCUGGCGACAUCAACUCGACUCCGUAUGAUGAAUCUGCAGGGAGAGGAGUUUGUGUGCCUCAAAUCUAUCAUUUUGCUUAAUUCUGGAGUGUACACCUUUCUGUCCAGCACCUUGAAGUCUCUGGAAGAGAAGGACCAUAUCCACCGGGUCCUGGACAAGAUCACAGACACUUUGAUCCACCUGAUGGCCAAAGCAGGCCUGACUCUGCAGCAGCAGCAUCGCCGCCUGGCUCAGCUCCUCCUCAUCCUCUCCCACAUCCGGCACAUGAGUAACAAAGGCAUGGAACAUCUGUACAGCAUGAAGUGCAAGAACGUGGUGCCCCUGUACGACCUGCUGCUGGAGAUGCUGGAGGCCCAUCGCCUGAAUACGCCCUCCAGCUCCAUGGGCGGGUCCUCAGAGGAGCCCAACCAGAGCCAGCUGGCCACCAUGGGCUCCUCUUCAGCACAUUCCUUGCAAACAUACUACAUCACCCAGGAAGCAGAGAAUUUCCCCAGCACAGUCUGAGAGCUCCUGGCCUCCCCAAGGUUCUGAGAAUCCCUGCAGCCUUGUAUCUGUCAUGCGUCAGUUUAGCAGAACCCUGUCUCCUGCGCACACUCCAGCAUGCACCCACUGCCAGUGGCUUUCUAGUAAGAGUGGCCAUUCGUUUGCUUGCUCAGUUCUUAGUGACCUGUCUCCUGCUGGGAACAGCCAGAGGGAUUCCAGGGCUACAUCUUGGUAACAGCUCCCUUUCCCCCUUUGCAACAUUAUGAGAAUGAGGAUUCCUGUGGCUCUUCACGACUGAACUCAGCCUAUGAGAUGACUGCAUUGAAGCUACUCAUUGAGACCCAGGCCUGGAGAAUAGACAUUUCACCUCUGCUAAGCACUUUGUAAUGGCUCCAAGAAUAAGCCUCAGGAAAGAAUUUGAAGUGGCUCCUUUAAUUGAUGACUUGGAGAAAGCUAACUCAAGGGUUUGUUAGAGCAUCCUCUUGUAUUCCUGUAGUAAUGCGCCACUUUGUUGAAGUGAUACUUUGGCCUUUUUGCUCCAUCGCAUGGCUUUAGCACGAUAUUUGGUGAUUGUCUGUUCAUUUGCCCUAUGAGAAUACCAGAUGCACACAGGGAAGGAAGAUCCCCUAACUGUCAAAAACCGUGGCAAUUUAAACACUGAACCUUCAAGUUUGUUCAAGUCUCCACUGCUGGCUUCCCACAGCACUACAUGCACAGGUCAUGGGUUCCAGGUGAUUUUUGCUUCUCAAGAACCUGUGGGAAACAGCAAGUUGAUUUCAGUUAAGUCACUCCCGCGUAGACCACUCUCCCCAUAUAAAGGGCAGGUUUUAGCUUUGGUUUUGUUUUUUUCCCUUUUAUAAAAGAAAGCCCUCCACCUCCCGAACUUGAAGCUUUAGGACGUCUUCUUGUGGGGUUUCACACUUACCAGCAGAGGGCGCUCUGCUUGGCGCUUCCUGUGUGGUUUAACCCUGAAUUAUUCAGAGCGCAGCCAUGAUCGAGGGCAGUUUAAAUGAGCGGGCACACGAGAGGGUUAAGUGAGAGAGAAACUGGAGGAAACUCUAUGGCAGGGUCACCCUUGCUCAGGGCGGCCAGAUUACAGGCUGCAGGUACCUCACAGAUCCUGCGUUGCACAGCAAGGCUGCCCUGGAGUCCACUGAGUGGUCUGCUUCUUGUUCAUCCCCAUGUGGCGCUGAUUGGAAGAAACGCAAGUAGACAACUGAAUUCUCAGCCCAGCACAUUCCAGGCAGGAGGGCAGGGAUUGGAAAACUCCCUCCCUCAGGCUGCCUGGACCUGGUCAGACUAUACAUGCCCUUGGUUAUUCGGAGAUCUUCCAAAAAUCAGCUAGUGAUUUUGGGAAGAAAAUAUCCCCGCCCCUCAGCCUCACCCCCAGCUCACAUCCCUAAAUUUCAUACGCCAGCGGAAUAAGACCAGACUUGGUCUACAAGAAUUUUUUGACCAGCGGGCUAAAAAAAGAAAGUAUUGGCCCAGCUACAGGGUUGCCUUCCCGGCCUUUGCUUCUCCAGUGCAAUUCUGAGUCAUUUCCUUUUCUUAAUGAAAAAGAAAAUUCGGUUUCCUUCCCUGAUUUCAUGGUCUGUAAUUCAAACCCCAUCAAGAGGUGAGAUAAGAGCCAACAGCCCAGGUGAGCGGCGAGCCUUCUCUCGGUAUGUUCUGUUUGGGAAAGUGGAUUUCCUUAAUUUCUGGUUUCCCAGAGAAGGGACUACCAAAAGACGGGAACCAGGAGGGCCAAAAAUUUUUUUAAAAAGGUUUUUUUCAUAUAUGUGCAUCUAAAUUUGGGGGCAAUUUUAUAUAUCUAUGCUAAGAAUACAUUUAAGAACAUAAUUCUUUUGUUGUUUGUUUUUGAAGCACCUUAUAUAGUAUAAUAUAUAUAUUUUUUUGAGAUUGCAUUGCUUGUUUAUCAGACAACUGAAUGUAAUAAUUCUUUUCUGGAUUUAAUUUGACUGGGUUAACGUGCAAAAACCAAGGAAAAAUAUUUCGUUUUUUGUAUACUUUUCAAGCUACCUUGUCAUGUAUGCAGUUUUGAUGCCUGAAGUCUGGUGAUUAUUCAUUUAAAUGAAGAUCACAUUUCAUAUCAACUUUUGUAUCCACAGUAGACAAAAUAGCGCUAAUCUACAUGCCUAUUGUUGGAUAUUGAAUGACAGACAAUCUUAUGUAGCAGAGAUUAUGCCUGAAAAGGAAAAUUAUUCAGGGCAGCUAAUUUUGCUUUUACCAAAAUACCAGUAGUAAUAUUUUUGGACAGUAGCUAAUGGGUCAGUGGGUUCUUUUUAAUGUUUGUACUGAGAUUUUUCUUUUAAAAAAUAAAAUAAAAAAGCAACAAAAAAAAACAACCUCUAGGACUAUAGAUGAUGUAAUACCAGCUAAAUCCAAACAAUAAUGCAGCAGAAGGUUUUACAUUAUUCAUCUACUGUGUUCGUAUUCAUGUUAAGGUACUACUACAUUUGAAAUGGGCAGAGAACAUCAGAUGGCUGAAAUGUUAGCCCAAGAGUUUCAAACAUCUUUGGAAAUCUCUUUUUGUUCUUAUUUGAAGUGCCAAUAAUGAGCUGCUGAUACUUUUCAGCUGAUGUUGCUGUAGGGCAUAGGGGGCACCCUGGAAAUCUGCGCCCCUGAUUUUCCUCCACUUUGAGGCAAAUGAAGCUUGAAACACACGAUCUACUUGGAGGGUUAAGAUAGAGUGGGGAAGUGAGUUUGGAAAUUUGAAGAAUGGGAAAUCUGGGAGUAAGACUUUCAAAAGCUUCUGGCACCUGGGGUCUGUACCAGGUUUCAGAAUUCCAUUUCUGCACUGUAUCCAAAAUAACUAGCUCCAGUGACUGCCGUUUCCAACAUGGCAGCUUGAGUUCUUGAGAAGAAAGAGGCAUAGGCAGAGAAGGCCAAAGAAUAGCUAGAGGUCUGCGUUUGUAACCAUUGCCUAGCUGGCUGCAGUGAUUUUGUAAUACGAUCAUGCAGCAAUAAGACAGACUAGGUCAUCCAAAGAGAAGAUCUCCAUUGAUACAGGUUGCAAAAUUCAGCCCCCAAGGAAGUGUAGCUUUUGAUUCCCUAGUAGUCUUGCAGAUGUCUUUAACCAUGCCAUAUCCUAUGCCUUUUGGGGACUGAAAAAGUAAGUGACUUACUGAUAAUUUACUUUUAAUCACAUAAAAACGUUCACACUUUGAAAUAGUAUAAAAUCAAAUGGUCAUUGAUUUAUAGCACCCUUGCUUCUACAUAAAACUAACUACAGAUCUCUUCCUGUUCAUAUUUUCCACCUUUGAGAUGGACUGUGGAUACUGGGAAUGAUCGCUAGGACCAUAGUAAUGUCCAAUAUUCACAGGCAGAUCUGCUUGGGGAAAUUAGUUUGUUCAAAGGCAGAUAGACAUACAGUAGCUUGUUAGGCAAUCAUGAUUCUUUUUGGUGCAAGUCUUGGGCGGUUGAUCCAGAUUACACUGCACACAUUUUAGAUUAACCCCCUGAAAAUGUACUCAUUCUCACCUGGAGGAAAUGGAUUUAACUGUGGUCCCAAAUAUCCAUCUUUUCAUUAGUGUGAUUGCGCUCUGUUCCUAGCUUCAUUUUUCCAUUUAAAGUGUGAGCUCCUCUUAAGUCACUUAAAAUUGUUUCCUAAGUAAUUGCUGCCUCUAUUAUGAUGCUUCAAUUUUUGCACUGUUUUUCAGAGACUCAAAAAUUUCUAUUCUUUUUGUUUUUUUGUUUUUUCAUCCAAAUGUGCCUGAACUUUAAAAAUAUGUAAAUGCUGCCAUGUUUUAAAUUCAUCUUUCAUGUGUGUGUAUGUGUGUACAGAGCUGUGCACCCUGGAAAUAACAUAUAGUCCCAUGAGCAGGUGCCUAAGACAUAGACCCCUUUGCAUUGACAGAGAGGUCAUUGGUCAUAGAGACUUGAAUUAAUAAGUGACAUUAUGCCAGUUUAUGUUCUCUCACAGCUUAUAAACAAUGCUUUUUUGUGCACUACAUACUCUUCAGUGUAGAGCUCUUGUUUUUUGGGAAAAGGCUCAAAUGCCAAAUUGUGUUGGAUGGAUCCAUAUGCCCUUCUGCUGAUGCUACUAUUAUUGAUGUGAUUCCGUUCUGUCACAGCUUUGCUUUGUUUAAUGAAACACACUUGUAAACCUCUUUUGCACCUUGAAAAUGUAAAGAAUCCAGCGGGACACUUGAGCACUUCUAAGCCAAUUUUCUCAACCUAUUUGAUGUUCAAAUAAAGAAUAAAGACAACAGAUUUCA